UUAACCACGCCACUUAUCUACGCGUUCCCGUACCGGUAGGUUUGAGUCGGACGAGGGGCAGUACGAUCCCGGUUCCUGCCCGUUUUCACUCGGUCUCUCGUCUUUCGUCUGCUUCUGUUUCACGUAAACGGACAUGGAGAGAGUUGUUAUUGUGACCGGCGCAAACAGUGGCAUCGGCCUGGCCUUGUGCGAGCGGCUGCUGGCCGUGGACAGCCAGCUGCGGCUCUGCCUGGCCUGCAGAAACAUGAGGCGAGCGGAGGCUGCCCGCGCCGCUCUGCUCACCUCUCACACCGGCGCCCGCGUGGAUCUGUUGCACCUCGAUGUGGGCUCCGUGCAGUCAGUGUUCACUGCUGCUCAGGAGGUCAAGACCAGGUACAACAAGAUUGACUUUCUGUAUCUAAAUGCAGGAAUUAUGCCCAAUCCACAAGUGGAUAUAGGAGCUUUUUUCAAAGGGCUGUUCUCCAGGAAUGCCAUCAACAUGUUUGCGACAGCAGAAGGUAUACUGACCCAGCAGGACCGCCUCAACUCAGAUGGUCUGCAGGAAGUUUUUGCAACCAACCUGUUUGGCCAUUUUCUCCUGAUCAGGGAGCUGGAGCCUCUUCUAUGCCAGACGGGUCACAUAUCCAGGGUAGUGUGGACUUCCUCCAGUAAUGCGCAGCGCUCUGCAUUCAGCAUCGAGGACAUGCAACACAGGAAUGGAAGCGAGCCCUACAGCUCCUCAAAGUAUGCAUCAGACAUGGUCAGCCUGGCGCUCAACAAACACAAGAACAGCCAGGGCCUGUUCUCCUCAGUAAUAUGCCCCGGACUGGUGAUGACUAAUCUGACCUAUGGUAUCCUGCCCUCAUUCUUCUGGACUCUCAUCAUGCCAAUCAUGUAUUUGAUCAGGAUCUUCACUAACACGUUUACACUGACACCAUACAACGGAGCGGAGGCACUGCACUGGCUAUUUCUUCAAACACCAGAGUCUCUAGAUCCAAGAGCAAAGUAUCACAGUUUGACAUCAGCACGUGGAAUAAACUACACUAUACCUCGACAAAUGGACAUCGAUGAUGAAACAUCUGAGAUCCUCUAUGACAAACUUCUUGAACUUGAGAGAGUAAUGAGAAAGAAACUGAGUGAGAGAAAUGCUGAUACCGAAGCUCAGACAUAUUAAAAGGAGAAGAUUCUCAGAACUUAUUUUCAGUUUGCUGUGUUUUGAAUAAAGCCUACUGUGCCUCUGUACCUUUACCAAUAUUCACACAAGCUGCGACAUUCUACUGUAAACUCGACUCAAAUCAUUGAGUUGUUCGCUUUUAUUUAUUUAAGACUGUCAUCAUCACACAUCAGGACGUCAGUAUUACACACAAAACCUACUACCAGCUCAUAAAUGACCCACUGAGACACAAAGCUCAGUGUCAGCCUGCUACAAAAUACUCCUUAUAAUAAAUGAGGAAAAACAAUUCAUGUUGGCGUGUUCUGCUAAUGUUUUGGUACCUUAUUAAAACAAAAUACCUCAAUCA